GAGCGAAUUUCACGUCGAUUCCUUCCCCCAGUGUAUGCCGGCGAUCCUCCUCUCGAUCCCAUGGUCUCCGGCGUGCUCUCGCCAGGCUGCAACGCGACAUGAACGGGCAAUCCCGAUCUAUCGUGCCUCGUGUUAGAAGCGUGCCGUCCUCAUCUCGAGUGCGCGGCGGGCACGGCCAGCGAAGAUCUGAUACUCUGCUCCCCUCUCUAUCUGCUGCCGCCACUACAGUGGACACGAAGAUUUGCCACAGCCCAGAACUCACUAGCACAUCCUUUGGCGACAUACUGCAUCAACCUCAGCACACUAGACCAGUCAGAAAUCUGUCUACCAGUAGGACCUAAUCAAUCCUCGAUCGACCGAGAUAUCUUUGAAUCUCGAAUCAACCAGAGGAACUGCGAUAAUGGACAGUAUCGGCACCGUCCUCCAAAACGAAGAGGCACGCUUCUUCUUCACCCUCCUGAUCGUCGCGUCCGCCUUCGUGUGGAUCCUGUCAUCCCUAUCUAGCACGACACAACACGCGCCCUCUCACCCACCAGAAAGACCGCACAGAAAGCGCCGCCCUGUCAUCCGCAGACGCGGCAGCAGCCUCAGCAGCACGGGAAGUCGAGGGGAAGGCACCGCUGCGCGCGCUCUAGGCAUCGUCGAAUGCCCCCCUCUUCAGCCGCGUGCCUUCCGCUUGGAGGACCUCCCCUCGGAGCUCAUCCUCGAUAUUCUGGAGACCAGCGCACUGCGAUGGAAUGGGAGCUACUCAUCAUUGCGCCUGGUUUCGCGCCGCCUGAACGCGCUCGCGGACCGCGCGUGCCUCAUCCACCUGCCCGUGCUGCUCACUACGGCGCAAAAGACCGUGUCGUUCCGCGCCUUCUUGGACGCACGGCCGAGAGCGCUGCCCUAUGUGCGCCACCUGUAUAUCGCGAAUACGCUGGACGCGGACGCGGGCGACGUGGGCUAUGUGGCGGCCAUCAUCAUGCGGAGGUGCACGAACCUACGCAGCCUAGCCUGCACGGCGAGGAUGUUGUACGAGGCGAUCGCCCACGCGCCUCUGUGGCGGACGGAGCGGUGUAAGCGGCUCACCAUCCUCGCGCCGUCUACGCCUCUCGCGCCCGAUAGUGGUCUGAAUCAUGGAAGUUCGGAUGAUACCUCAGUCUGGGACGACUUGCGAGGAAAUGCGGUCGCAGCCGCCUUCCUCGCUCGCGUCACGCACGCACGCAUCGCGGGGCCGAUGCCUUGCCUGCGCGAUGGUGGCGUUCUCGCGCGCGUCUCGCACCUCUGCAUCGCGUACGACGGGCCUGUGGGGCAGAUCACGCAGGACAUGGGGCAAUUCGUCGAUGACGCGAGGACGCAUGAGAAGCUGAAGCGGGUCGUGGUGACGGUGCGGGGGAUGAGCAAGACGGUGCCGUAUGGCGACGAGUGGAAGACGAAGGGGCAGCGGUGGAUGGUAUUGGGGCUGCCGCUGGGGUGGACUGAAGUGGAUAUGUGGAGGAAUGAGAUUCGGGGGCGAGGAUUGUGGGAGAUGGUGUCGGGUAAACUGGCGAAUAGUAGGUAGUGAGUGGUAGUUAGCGCUGGUACGCUGCCCACAAUGUCGAGCCCCUGAAUGUACAGAUACUCUUUGGGUACUUCAUGUCCGCGAAUGUAGACAAUUCCAUGAACAGUCGUCACACGGAGACUUCUUGCAAGCACA